AUGAAUUCCGCGAGAGCGAGCAGACCGUCGGCGGGGGAAGGCCCGGAAACUGUGAUCGUGAGGCGCGAAUAGACUUGAGUAAACAACCGUUUAAACUCGAUUAAUUGAUACAUACUGCACGUUGUGACGCGGCAAGCGCUGAGCACAUCGCGAGGUGAGAGGAGAAUGGGGGUGGGGGUGGGGUAAGACGCGGUGGUGGCGGGAUCUCUGCGAGAGCAGCACAGUGCGUCCUUGUCAAGCAAUUGCUUGACGAGGGGUGCGGGGAAGCCCCUGCAACGGAGCGGUAAGGGCUUGAUGGUGGGGGCACACAGAUCGAGCGGUGCAGGCUCCGCAAAGCGUGCGCGAUCGCCAUCGCGCCGGCGUGCGAAGGGAGAAGUGCAAUGCAGAGGGCACUGCGAGCGAUUUGCUCGCGCGCGCUCGACGCUCCUGCCUUUCCGCUCCCUUGCUCGCAUGCCCCUUCCCCCGUGUGUCCCCUCCUUCGCGCAUCCACCUCCUUCACGAAUUCCCUCCCCCCGCGCGUCCCGCCAAUCGUAGAGCGCUCAUCCAUCCCGUCUCCCUCGCCGCGCCUGCCUCCUCUGCGCCUUAUUGAGGGAGCGCGCGCUGGUUUCCGCGCGGUGCGCUAGCAGAGCCCAGCAGACGACGAUCCGCGCGAGGAAUGGGGAUGGGGAAGCGAGGUGUGGAUGGGGAAGGGGAAGGGGGAGAAGCAUGCUAACGACGCAAAAAAGGAGGAUGGGUCGGCACCUAAGCCAUCGCCGAGUCGCCUAGGGCGCACUGCGCAACCUAGGCGAGCACCUCGCGCCCUCAGACGUGCUCUGAGAGCGAAAAUGGCGGAGAGGGGGGCCUUAUUCGGCCCCGCUCUUGCGCAUGCUGCGCGUCCUCCCCGCCACCCUCCG